UUGACCAAUCUGAGGAGGUUGAAUCUCGGCAACAACCGGUUGACUGGGGAGAUAUCGGCGGACUUGGGGGACCUGACUAACCUGCAAUAUCUUGACUUCUCUGACAACCAGUUUACCGGGGAGAUUCCAGCGGAUUUGGGGGACCUGACUAAUCUGAGGCGGUUGGUUCUUAGUGACAACCAGUUUACCGGCGAAAGACUAACACAAAUUGGAAAACUGUACCGCUUGGAAGUUCUAGACCUCAGCAACAACCGGUUGACCGAGGAUAUUCCGGAGGGGUUUUGGAACUUGACCAAUCUGAGGAGGUUGAAUCUCGGCAACAACCGGUUGACUGGGGAGAUAUCGGCGGACUUGGAGGACCUGACUAACCUGCAAUAUCUUGACUUCUCUAACAACCAGUUUAACGGGGAGAUACCGGAGGAUUUGAGGGACUUGUACGAUCUGAGGGAGUUGAACCUCAGCAACAACCAGUUUACCGGGGAGAUACCGGCGGAUUUGGAAGGCCUGGCCAGACUAGGGCAACUGGACCUCAGCAACAAUCGAUUGGACGGGAAUAUACCGGAGGAUUUGAGCGCUUGGUUUCUCUGGAAUGGCUAA